GAGGUGGAGGGAGGGGGACUCACUCCUCCACCCCGAGCUCCAGGUUUCUGUUGCUGCUGAAAGCUGGCUGCAAACCCAAUGAGACCAUCCACCAUCACGGCUGCUUUCUUCUGGCAGCGGAGGCGGGCGCUUCCUCGGUUUCCCUUCCCCUGGCCCCAGCCCCUGGUCCCUGGCCCAUGUCUCCAGCUCGUGAUGUCACAAUCCCACCCGGACCGAGUGUUCCAGUCCCCGCUCCCAGUUGUCCGGCUGGGAAAAAGGAGAUUGCUGAGGGGGAGCUCGCUCGUGAGUCAUGGACUUCUCCUGGCUCCUCCUCUACCACUCCCACUCCCUCGCUGGCCCCCCCCACAAGGGCUAGCGUUCGCUCUCGGGAUCCGAGGGGGUGGGGCUGCUGGGAAUGGCUGUUCGCCCUUCUCCUCCUCUGCCCGGCUCCCUAUUUUACCUGAAGAGGCAAAGAUCUUGCCCACAGUGCACAUGGGGCAUGGAGGAGAAGACAGCGGCGCAGUCGGGGGCCAGCGGGGCCAGCCGGGAGCUGCCAGGUCCCCGGAGGAUAUCUGCGGUCCAGUACUUCAAUACUGCAGUGGACCAAAAUCACAUCCUUCCCGGAGCCCUCAGGCUCAUUCAGGAGCUGCGCCCGCACUGGAAGCCCGAGCAAGUUAAGACCAAGCGCUUCACUGAUGGGAUCACCAACAAGCUGGUGGCCUGCUUUGUGGAAGAUGACAUGAGGGACGCAGUGCUGGUCCGUGUCUAUGGGGAACGGACAGAGCUUCUGGUGGACCGGGAGAAUGAGGUCAGGAACUUCCAGCUCCUUCGGGCCCAUGGCUGUGCACCCAAACUCUAUUGUACCUUCCAAAAUGGCUUGUGCUAUGAGUUUCUCCCAGGCAUGGCUUUGGGGCCCGAGCAUAUCCUCGAACCCCGGCUCUUCAGGCCACUGGAGUUGUACGCUCUUGCCGACUUCUUGGCCAACAGGGCAGGUUCAGGGAUAUGGAGGAGAGGAGAGGAGAAUGAGGCUGAUUGCCUGGGAAAUGGCAAAAAUCCACGCCAUCCAUGCCAACGGCUGUCUGCCCAAACCUGGCCUGUGGUCCAAAAUGUACAGAUAUUUCACUCUUGUCAAGGAUUCUUUCAACUCCAGGUAAAGAAAGGAGCUGUGGUCAGGAACCCCUGUCCUACUUUACCCAGAUUAGGUCAUGUCAGAUUCAUAGAUUAUGAAUAUGCUGGCUACAACUACCAAGCCUUUGACAUUGGCAAUCACUUCAAUGAGUUUGCAGGUGUGAAUGAGGUGGACUAUAGCCUCUACCCCAGCCGGGAGACUCAACUUCGUUGGCUGAAUUAUUACCUGCAAGCCCACAAGCAGCUCUGCAAGGAAGGCUGGGGUGGGACAGCUGUGACGCCCAGGGAGGUGGAGAAGCUCUACGUACAAGUUAACAAGUUUGCUCUGGCCUCUCACCUCUUGUGGGCAUUCUGGGCUCUCAUCCAGAACCAGUUCUCUACCAUCGACUUUGACUUCCUUAGAUAUGCGGUGAUCAGAUUCAACCAAUACUUCAAGGUGAAGCCUCAGGUGUCAGCCUUGGAGAUGCCAAAGUGACCGGCCUCCUGCCCUGUCCGCCCAGCCAGACUUGCUCUCCUCAGGGCCCCUGCUUGGCUCUGGGGCCCAUGACUAAAGGGCCAGAGCAAGAGAGGGAUGCAGGUGGGGUCUCUCCGGUGGGGCAGUGAAGCCCAUGCCCUGUGCCGCCGGCCCCAAAUUAAAGCCGCCGUAGACCUCGCUCCCCCCCCCCCCCCCUCGCGUCUC